CGGCGCGCAUUUCCAUUUUAAACCGCCGCCCGCCCGCUCCUCGGCCGCGGCCGGCCCAGCUGCCCGCGCAGCCCGGCCCCGGAGUGGCGAGACUGCGGAGCCGCCGAGCCGUGCAAAAAAGGCCCGAAGAUGCGAGCGGGCCCUGCGCCGUAGACAAUGAAGCCGCGGGCUUCGCCGCCCGCCGCGGGCCCUGCGCGCCGCGGCCGCACCUGCCGGCGAAACCGUCCGCGCGCUUGAGCGCCCGCCCGCCCGCCCCCUCCGCCCAUGGCCCAGCGGCCCGCGCCCAGACCCCCGCACUCGGGCCGCGCGGCGCACGGGCUGGCGGGCGCCAGGGGCGCCGUCCCCGCGGCGUGAGCGUGGCCCUCGCGGCGGGCGUGGGCCCCCCCUCCCCCGGGCGCGCCCUCUCUCCCCGCCUCGCCCGGCGACCGCCCUGACCGCGCGUUCCGGCCCGCGGCGCGCUGGAUGCGGCGGGGCUCUGGCGGGCGGCGCGGCAGCCGCGGCCCCGGGCGACAUGUACCUGCUGGACGGCAGCGGCGAGCCUGCGCCUCCGCCCGCGGACGUCAUGCCUCGCGGGACGCCCCCCAGGAAGACCGUCUACCGCAUCUCCGUGACCAUGGUCAAGAAGGAGCGGCUGGCCGCGCCGGGCCCCGGCGGCCCCAACCCGCGCCCGGCCCGGAGGCCCCGGGCCGCGCGCUCUCCGGACGCGCCCGGGCGGCUCGUGGAGGAGGCCGAGGAGGCGGCGGGCGCCGAGGACCCCGCGAGCCGCCCUCCGAGCGCCGGGGUCUUCCGCACCUUCCGCACCCGCAGCACCGGGCAGCUGGAGCUCGGGCGGCUCCGGCCGUGCGCACGCGGCCCGGAGCGCGCGGCCCUGGCGGGCAGCCCCCCGUCCGCGGAGGAGGGGCCCGGCUCGCCUGCGCCGGGCAGCCCGGACUUGGACGAGACCGGGGGCGCGCCCCUGCGGCGGAGCCUCAGCUUCAGGCACUGGAGCGGGCCCGAGACGCCGCGGGGCCGCGGGAGGCGCCACAGCAGCUCCGGGAGUCUGGCCUGGGCGCCGGGUGGCGAGGCCGAGGCCGGCCCGGGGACCGCCCCGGAGCCCGCGGCCGUCGCCCAGCCUGCCCCGGAGAAGCGCAACACCCUGGACGUGGGCGAGGUGCUCAGCAAAAACGACACGCUGUCGGACCUGGAGCGCUGGGAGCGCAGCAAGAGCAAGAACCGCACGCUGGACAACAGCGACCUGCAGCGGCUGGAGCGCGCGCGGGCCGCGGCCGCCGGCCCCGGCUCGGCCUCGGAGCACCGGCUGCUGCGCUUCUUCAGCGGCAUCUUCGCGCGCAGGGACGGCGCGCCCUGCGGCGGCCCCUCUCCUCGGAGCGGCGCCUCGCGGGCGCGCGGCUACUUCAGCAGCCUGCGGCGGGCCCCGGCCGACGCGCACUCGUCCAGCGGCGAGAGCAUCGACGGGUCCCCGCGCAGAGAUGCCUUUGUGAACAGCCAGGAAUGGACACUGAGUCGGUCUGUCCCGGAGCUCAAAGUGGGAAUUGUGGGUAACUUGGCCAGCGGCAAGUCGGCCCUGGUGCACCGGUACCUGACCGGCACGUACGUGCAGGAGGAAUCUCCCGAAGAUAUGGACGCAGGUGGCAGAUUCAAGAAAGAGAUUGUUGUUGACGGGCAAAGCUACCUGCUGCUGAUCAGAGAUGAAGGGGGCCCCCCCGAGGCGCAGUUUGCCAUGUGGGUGGACGCCGUUAUAUUUGUCUUCAGCUUAGAGGAUGAAAUAAGUUUCCAGACCGUUUACCACUACUACAGUCGGAUGGCCAACUACCGGAACACGAGCGAGAUCCCUCUGGUUCUGGUGGGAACCCAGGAUGCCAUAAGCUCCACUAACCCGCGGGUCAUCGACGACGCCCGAGCAAGGAAGCUGUCCAGUGACCUCAAGAGGUGCACAUACUACGAGACGUGUGCCACGUACGGGCUGAACGUGGAGAGGGUCUUCCAGGACGUUGCCCAGAAGAUUGUUGCCACAAGGAAGAAGCAGCAGCUGUCCAUAGGGCCUUGCAAGUCGCUACCCAACUCUCCAAGCCACUCGUCUGUCUGUUCUGCACAGGUGUCUGCUGUGCAUAUAAGCCAGACGAGCAAUGGAGGUGGGAGUUUAAGCGACUACUCCUCGUCCGUCCCGUCGACGCCGAGCACCAGCCAGAAGGAACUGCGGAUCGAUGUCCCUGCCGCCAACACGCCCACACCUGUCCGGAAGCAGUCCAAGCGCCGGUCCAACCUGUUCACCUCUCGGAAAGGAAGUGACCCAGACAAAGAGAAGAAAGGCCUGGAGAGCCGAGCAGACAGCAUUGGGAGCGGCCGAGCCAUCCCCAUUAAACAGGGCAUGCUGCUAAAGCGAAGCGGCAAAUCAUUGAACAAAGAGUGGAAAAAGAAAUACGUCACCCUGUGUGACAAUGGCGUGCUGACCUAUCAUCCAAGUCUGCAUGAUUACAUGCAGAAUGUUCACGGUAAAGAGAUUGAUCUUCUGCGAACCACUGUGAAAGUCCCAGGGAAGAGGCCACCCCGAGCCACGUCGGCCUGCGCACCCAUCUCCAGCCCUAAAACCAAUGGCCUCUCCAAGGACAUGAGCAGUUUACACAUCUCGCCAAAUUCAGGGAAUAUCACUAGUGCGUCUGGGUCUCAGAUGGCAAGCGGCAUCGGCCUGGGCCCCUUCGGCAGCCGACCGGACGGCAUGCAGCAGCGUUCCUGCUCCGUCUCCAGUGCUGACCAGUGGAGUGAGGCUACGGUCAUUGCAAACUCGGCCAUCAGCAGCGACACGGGGCUGGGCGACUCCGUGUGCUCCAGCCCAAGCGUCUCCAGCGCCGCCAGCCCCAAGCUCGACCCGCCCCCCUCUCCCCACGCCAACAGAAAGAAGCACCGGAGGAAGAAAAGUACCAGCAACUUCAAGGCCGACGGGCUGUCCAGCGCGGCUGAAGCCAAACGCAAGGCAUGGAAACUAAACCGUGUUGGUAGCCUGCGAAAUAUAUACAGCAGCAGUGCCAACACAGAAGAACAAGAAGAAAACUUUGAGUUUAUCAUUGUGUCCCUCACUGGCCAGACGUGGCACUUUGAAGCCACCACUUAUGAAGAGCGAGAUGCGUGGGUCCAAGCCAUCGAGAGCCAGAUCCUAGCCAGCUUACAGUCGUGUGAGAGCAGCAAGAAUAAGUCCCGGCUGACAAGCCAGAGUGAGGCCAUGGCCUUGCAGUCGAUACGAAACAUCCGAGGCAAUUCGCACUGCGUGGACUGCGAGACCCAGAAUCCUAACUGGGCCAGCUUGAACUUGGGAGCCCUCAUGUGCAUCGAGUGCUCAGGGAUCCACCGGAACCUUGGCACCCACCUUUCUCGAGUCCGAUCCCUGGACCUGGACGACUGGCCCAUCGAGCUCAUCAAGGUGAUGUCAUCCAUUGGAAACGAGCUGGCCAACAGCGUCUGGGAGGAGAGCAGCCGGGGGCGGACGAAGCCGUCUCUGGACUCCACCAGGGAAGAGAAGGAGCGUUGGAUCCGGGCCAAGUACGAGCAGAAGCUCUUCCUGGCUCCGCUGCCAUGCACAGAGCUGUCCCUCGGCCAGCACCUGCUGAGAGCCACCGCCGACGAAGACCUGCGGGCAGUCAUCCUGCUGCUGGCGCACGGCUCCCGGGACGAGGUGAACGAGACCUGCGGGGAGGGCGAUGGCCGCACGGCGCUGCACCUGGCCUGCCGGAAGGGAAACGUGGUCUUGGCCCAGCUCCUGAUCUGGUAUGGGGUAGACGUCAUGGCCCGCGACGCCCACGGAAACACGGCGCUGGCCUAUGCCCGGCAGGCCCCCAGCCAGGAGUGCAUCGGCGUCCUGCUGCAAUACGGCUGCCCCGACGAGCGCUUCGUGCUCAUGGCCACCCCCAACCUGUCCAGGAGGAACAACGAUCGGAACAACAGCAGCGGGAGGGUGCCGACCAUCAUCUGAGCGCCGCCGCGGCCGCGCCCUCCCUCGGAAGCCACGACACGUGAGUCCCGUCGCGUCCCCUCGCUUCCCGGGGGUCGCCUGCCCCCCACCCACCCUCACCCCACGUGAAAUCACAAAACCUGACAGUCCUCAAGGGGCGAAGAGGAGGCCAGGAGGCCGCAGAAUCGAUCCCUUCUCAUACACUCCCCUAAACGACAAACGGGAGCGACCGCCGGGCCUUGGUUCACUGCUGAAGCACACGGGGAGGGACCCUCAUCCGGUGGCCCUAGACAGAGCAUGGCACAAGGCACGGGGACGAGGGGGAGGGGAGGCGAGGAGCAAGGAGAAGGGGUAACUCUCCUUAACUGGCAGUUAAGCACAUCAGUACAUUUCACCUCUACCAAAUGGAACACUUGGAUUUCAUCUCUUCUCCGAGGAGCUUGACGGCAUAAAUCAGAAGCAAGCAGAGUUUGUCGGGUUUGAAGCCCCUAUGAUGGUAUGUGUCAAAUCAGUUGUAGCUAAUCUGUCCAGGGAGAAUACUGGCUUCAUUACACUUGUAUAGUUGAGUUCUUCCAGCAUUACCGCUGUUUAAUAGAACAUGAUUAGUCAUCACCGAGAAGAAAGCAUAUUAGCCGAGGAGGUAGUUACGCAGCACGCUCUGAUGAUUGCCACGAUGUGAUUGCAAUACUCUUAGAAGCAUCAUAUUAUCCCAGACAUGUUCUCCCGAGCCCUUGGAGCCCUCCUUUCUAAAUUCACUGUCAUAAUUUAGUAUCUGUUUAAUUUUUCAGUGCAAAGAGAGGAAAUCAGUUGCCGAGUAUUAUUUGACUGCAGUCUCCUUGGUGCAGAAACAAACUGGGAAAAUAAGUCAGAGUAACUUGGAAAUUCAAAAGGAGAUCACUAUGUCAGCUAACAAUAGCAUUUUGAGUACAUUUGGUAAACUAAGUAAAUGCCUAAAAGGCUGUUUUCUCCAAACACGAGAGAUCCUUUAUUUCCUUUGCCAAGGGGAUGUGUUGGGUCUCAGACACUCCUGGGCCGUGCUGCCCAAGUCACACAGGCUUCUGUAUUAUGUCUUUAGAUAAGAUGUGUGAAAAUCUAUUUGAAUAAAAGAAGUUCAUAAAUAUGCAUUGAUUUUUGUACAGACAAAUGGCACCUCUGUUAAUUUAUAAAUUGAACUGGAUGUGAACUAAUAAUGUGCAACUAGUUGAGAUAAGGGGGUUACAGAUCAUUGUACAUGGAAAAUAUUCCCAGCAGUAAACACUUCCAUUAAUGUGAUAUACAGCUUUUAAAGAGGAACAUAUCAGAAUAAGAUGGUGGUACAAUUUGCUUAUUAAAAUGGAGAGAGAAAAAGAAGACACGGAAGCAUAUCCAAGAGGGGAAGGGGGCGUGGGAUUUCACAGUGCGGAAAGUGUGACUGAGAUCUGAUGCCACUUUUGCCAGCCCCGGGGGGUUUGCAAAGGCAGAGGUGAGCAGCGGCCCACGGGUCUGCAGCUCACACUGGCUUCUGAGCUUCCUGAAGACUCGGACUCGGUGGCCAGACCCCCCAUUUUAGUACACCCCCUGACCUGGCAUGGGGCUGCUUCAGACCUCAGCUGCCUUCAGUGUGGUGGCCCAACAGUAAAGCCAGGCAUGAUGCUCUAGGUUAAAAUGAGAGGGGGUGGCUGUGCCUGGAGCCCUUUUAGCAGCAUGGCGGGGGAAGAGGGCAGCCACCUCCGGAGACAACACGGAGGGACGCGGCAUAGGAACACCGGGCACCUCGCCCCGCAGCCCCCAGGGACGUCCCUUGCUCUCAAAUAUUAAUCCUUCUAUUUUGUAAGAGUCUUUCCUCUUCUUCCACUUAAAAAAAAAAAAAAUUAAAGUAACUGGGGAAUAAAAUAAAGCUUUACACAGAAUUUAUAUGUGGGUCAGUGUUUCAUGGACAUUUCUAACCUGACUCAGCCAAGUGGGAUUCAGCGGCUUCUAGGAACACCGGGUUCAGAAGCCACAAGUCUGAGAGCCUUGACCUCAGGUCCAUAAUCCCUCCACUCUAUGUUGAAUUCUGUGUUUCUUCACUGUGUAGUUAUUUUAAAUGUGAAUAGAGAAAAAAAAGUCAUUGCCUAUUUUUGAAGAACACACCACUGUUCUAAUCCAGCUGAACACAUCCGCCUCACAGCCUAUAGCGUAGACUUUAUGUAGUGAACGCAGAUACAGUACAAACGAAACUCUUAAAUUAUUUCAUCGUAGCUGAUUCCCACGGUAGGAAUGCUUUAUCACAGUGAAGCCUUCUUUUGAAAAGAAAAGGAACUCCUUGUAAGGCUUCUCUUUGAGAUGUAUAUGAGUGUGUACAUAUGAUUAUAUGUGUUUAUAAUAUAAUAUUUUCCCGAAUGACUUCUUUUUCACUUAGCCUUUCACACCCUGAAUGCCAGAUUGGUUUCUUUCCCCUUCCCUCCCUCGGGCACGGGGACUGCAUUGAUUCCUCCUCAGAAAACUCGACCCUUCUCUCUUCUACAAUUUUUAGCCAUGUUGAUCUGCUGCAGGAGACAGCCCGCUUUCUUGAGACUGCGUUUUGGCAGCAGAGGAAGGUGGUAGUGCGUUUUAAGGGGUUUCCUUCAUCAUAAAGGCGACUGGCGGUUAAUCUGGUUGUAUUUCAGUGUCAAACUGGAAAUCCUUUCCUCACUGACAGCGCUCUUUCCCGCCUUCAAGCCUAAUACCAGGGCUGGGGAAGCAAGACCCAAGGGCCAGGGCCGGAAAUACCCAGUCAGGGAAGGAGGUCGAGUUUCCAUUGUUUACUCCCGUGUGAAUUCAGUGAAGUGACAAUGACACGAGAAACCACCACUGCAUAAUCACCUAACCUUUUCUACUCAGAUUUAAAAUUAUCCUUGAAUGAGAGCCACCUGCUGGGGAAGGCCUGCACGCAGGCUGUCACAUAUGAGGGUGACCCACAGGGGACAGGGACAUGCCACAGACCUCGCUGGACUCCUCUUGUGGUGGUGGAAACCCUGCCCCAGUGGGAGGGACACGCCCUUGGCUCUGACCGUGCACAGGACAGGUGGGCCUCAGUGCUGGGGUGGACAGGUGGCUUUCACCCAGCCCGGCGCCCCUAUCGUGGUCUGUGGUCCCCGCUGUCUCCUGUAGCCCCCGGGAGAUGCGCAGCUCGAGGGUGGGUGAUGUGUUCUGGGGUCUUUGGUCCCACAAGCAGUGCGUGCUACAUGCCAUUAUCAGCAAGCAGGUGAAGGCAGUGGCGUGCCUGCUGAUCACAGGGCUUCUGGGCAGCUCUUUCCAAUUACCUGUGACUAGAACCCCUAGGUCGGCACAUUCUCUGUGGGGCCGUGAGCCCGGCCAGGGCCCUUGCAGCCAGCCCCAAGCCUCGCAGCUCCACGCCUCUCCCACAGCUCCCCCCAGCCUGACCAGGCCUGCUUGGCCCCGGGCUCCGCCAUGCCCCGUAGGCACGGGUCUUCCCAGUGUUGUGGCAUCCGCAUGCAUUCAGGGUCAUUCCCUACGCCUUCAAAGGAGCUGCGGUACAUUAGGGAAAACACUCCGGUGAGAAAGAGUAGGGACAGCCCUGGGACCAGGCAGAGCCGGCCCGCCUGGCUCCCCACCCUCCUCUGUCGCCCUGGGCAAGCGUCCAGCUUCACGGGCUCUUUUUCCUGGUCUGUGAAACCAGGGUGGCGCUGCACGGCCUGAUGACGCUUGGAACCAGUGUGACAAAUGCCAGCCAGCCACCGGCCAGGGGCUGGCUGCUCAGGAAACGGGAGCAUUUAUUAAGAACAGAAAUGCUGAUGGGACUGAAGCCAGAGCACAGGCCCGGGAGGCUGCCCCCCAGCUGGCCCCACGUCCUCAGCAGGCGCCCGGUGGGGAGGCGAAGGUGGCUCUGCCAGCCCCUCCCCAGAGCCUCCAGCCCUCCUGUGUGCCGCCCCAGGCACUGGGAACAGUGUCUUUGGCCUGAAGAGUCCCCCUCCCCCAGAGACUGAGCCCCCAGCGGCCACUGACCGAAAUCCAUCCUCCACUGUUUAGUCUGAGUUUGAUUCUGCAGAGGCCAAGAGAGGGUUGAGUCUCGCCCUCGUGGCGUUCACUCGUGUUGCUUCAGGCCCAGGACAACCCAUCUGUCUCUCUCGCCCUGGUUGUCUGCUUGACAGGCCUCCCUGCCCACAGAGGCCACCUUCCCAUCGCUGGGAGGCCGCUGUGACUCACACAUCGGUCCCCUUCCAGUGCUCCUUCUAGAGUCCGAGCUCACUGGCCCGCGCCCUGGCCUGCAGACUGGCUGUAGGCUCCGCAGCCGCCCUGUCUCCCUCGCUGGCACUGCCCUCACACUCAGUGACGGCGCUCACCUGGGCCCGUGCCUGCCCUGGGUAAACACAUCUCCCCCCCACGAGUGGCCAUUGGGUCCUGCCCGGCCGCCAGCCCGAGCUGCGCUCACAGGUGACCUGCGUCCCUCUGGCUCCAACAGUGCCGGUCUUUCUGGUGUUUAGGAAGGACCCCUCCCAACUCUGCCUCCCUGCAUUUAGAAAGUUCUGGAAAGACAGAGAAAGUCACAGUCCCACCUAGGGAUGUUCAGAAACUUUGCAGCAAUAUCAGUCCUCUAAGGGGAGGUGUGAUUGGGUCUCAAAAACUUCUCAAAAGGCGAAGGAUUAGAAAGCAAAUCCAUCACCCACCCCCGCCCCCGGGCCGCUUCCCUCCCCCAGCACCUGCUCUGCUCCAUCCCUCAUGCAGCCCACAAGGUCAGCGUGACUUUUCUAGAACUCCCCUGGAUUGUAUUUAUGUCCUUCAAGCAAAGAAAUUGAAAAGCAGCCGGGAAGGAAUUCAAAUAGAAAUGUGCUGAAGAUACACAUCUUCCUUUCCCGGGAAAUAUAAUUCAUUUCUAACUGCCUCAAACAUGGGUUUCCCGUGCUGUGAAGUCCCAUCUCCAAAUGAUUUUCACCCUCAUCCUUCACCAAAAAGCUAAAUAAGGGCCUUUGGCAUUAAGACUUGCAUUUUUUCACUUUUAGCAGUUUUUAGCCACGUGUUUCUCUUUCGGACUUGGGAAGCCCUGUGGCCAGUGACUCCUUGGUGUGGAUGGCCCGGCCAGGAUCCCCAGGUGCACUGCUCCGGUGGGUAGGGGGUUAGGGGUCCCGCCCCCCACAUGGCGUGCUGAGAGGAGGCAGCUGUCCCUGCUCAGCUCUGUGCCCCACGCCACCGAAGGGUCCCCUGUUAGUCAAGCUUCUAAAUCAGGCUGCCUUCCAGUGAAAGUGUCAAAUCCCUACCAGUUAUUCAGAAGAGAGAAGGGGAGGGGACGGUUGCUUGCAGUAGGUGGAAACAGUGCUGUGACCUCAUGAUGGAAGAGACGAUGCCACUCAGGGCCAGCAAGCCCGUGUUGGACCCACACCCCUCACCUCACAUCUAACAACUUAGCCAUUAGUAUUUCAAAGCACAAGAGUUCUUCCCCUUAGAGGAGAAAUGCUGUCCUUCAGUAGAUUUUUUUAAACAGUAUGUAUAGAUUCCCUGCUUACUUUUGGAUGUCUCCUGCUUUUUAAACAUAGAUUAUCACUUUUUUCCAGUUUGGAUCCGAGUUGAUAUUAGAGGACAUUUUAUCACCAGGGGGUUCUAUAAAACCAAAUGUCAGUUUUUAAUCUGUGGUUUUUAAAAUGCCCAAGUUCUAGAAAUACUUCAGUGUCCCCAGUGGAGUAAAUACCCUCCCCAAAGCGAGGGGUCAGCGCCCACCAGCCUGACAGCCUCCCCUGACUGCGUUCCAUCCACAAGGUGCUGUCCUGCUCUCAAAUGGCAGCAUUCAGUCUGGGCACUUGCCCCUGGUUGGCAUAAACACCUUGUCUGAGGCCCUCAUCCCUUCCAGAGGGCGUUCGGUGCCCAGAGGUGGGCAGGGCUGGGGCAGGGAUGCCCCACAGGAACCCACCAUGGCUCUGAAGGCUGUAGGGGUGCAGGUGGGAGCUGCUUUGGUGAAAUGGACAGACAAUCUCGGGCUCCUAACCAUGUGGCAAGUGGCAAGGCGAGGUGCCCUCAGGAGCUCAGGAGAUUGGCCAGGGCUUUAUACUUGGCCUGGCAAGUGGCAUCGGUAGAGAAAGCCCCCAAAGUUCAUGGUCAAGCUGUAUGAUAGAGACCCACCUGUCAAAGUCCGUCAGGACGCAUCUUGUGCCCCUUGUCAGUGGGAACCACACCACCUUUGUCUCAAGGAGCAGGUGAAGGACAGGAACCAAAUAAGAAGCAAGAGCAUUUGGGGAAUCUUCCAGAUGGAACAAGCCCCUUCACACACAGGCUGUUGGGAGCAGUUGCCCCUGAUCAGAUUAUGCCCUGAUGCCCCUGGUGUCCACACUGGUGUGGGGAGUGAAUAUCUGAGCGGGUUCAAAAACCCUUGUAAAGAAGAGGUUCAACAGCCCUCAGAGGCCACCCGUUGGUGAUUGCUUGUGUGUACGUUGAGCGUUAGGUCUUGAAGUUCAUCCCAGGCCUUUCCCCCCCGGGGUAACACCCGCACGUAGCAAUCCUGAGUGAGAGGCCUCUUGCAGAGACCCUGGUGGCAGCCCAGCCAGUGGCCACGGAGUGGGGCCCUGCGACUGGCAUUCCAGUAGCAGCCCGGGGGAACCAUGCCUCCUGGCCGGAUUCCCCAGGGUGGGAGGGCAGAAUGGACCGAGUGGGCCGUGAGCUGGGGCCCGCCCAGGGACAUGGGCUCACUCACUGCUCGGGUGACCCGCCACACGCCUCCCAGGCCAGCCCCAGAGGCCCCAGCACUUCCCUGCCCACAACUGUUUCAGGGACACAGGUGGGUAUGAGGGGGGACUGGACUGUUCCACAGUGGGUAGGCACCGCUUGAUGGCAGCCCGUGCAGCUUAGUGUUAGAAGUAAGGCCUUCUCCAAACCGUGAAAACCACUCCAUGUUGCAGCCUCUGCCUGGCUGCACCCCCACCUGCUGGGGAGGACCCCAAGUGCCCUUGAUCAAAGGCGCUCCCAGGAGCUCCCGGAGGCCAGGAGCUGGUGGCUGGGGAAGGGCUGGGCCAGUCGGCCACAGCGGCCCAGGCACAGCCAUGCAGGGUCCUGGCAAGACCUCCUGCCCCAGACAGCCCUGCGCUCUCUGGUCUGUGACAUUGAAGUGAGGUCUCACCAGGCCAGGGGGUGUGUUUCCGAAAGUGGAGCCUGAGCAGGUGAAAGGCGGAGCUGGAGGGGCACUUCUAGGAGGGCACAGGGAGGGCCGGCUCUUUGCCCACCUUGAGCACGUUUUUCUGUUUCUGUAAAUAACCAUGUACAGAAGAUGGAAGAGCAGCCUGGGGUUUAUCCAGAGUUGGGCUUGAUUUUUUUUGGUGGGGCGGGUUGUUUUUAUAUUACCUCAUUCAGCCAGUUUAUGUUCCACCAUGACUCAACGAUGCUUUAUUUAUAUUGUUUGUACUGUAAUUAAAACCAUUGACAGACAUUUCACUUUGUUAUUUCAUAUGAUUUUGUUCCAAUUAAUAUGCCAGUUUGUAUUUUCCUGCGUUGGGAAUUUUUGUGUCAGCUGUACAGUAUUCUAAGGGGAAAGAAAAGAAAAAGAAAAAUGUGUAAAGUAAUGGAGAGAGGUGGCUAUAGUGUAGAGGCCUCUUUCUAAUAAAGAAAUGAAAAUACGCCCA